AUGGCAGGCUACAGGAACACGCGCAAUCUGGGCCAGCUCUGGCUGCGGGGGACGCGUCGUGGCCUACACACGAAGCGUCCACUCUCCCACCGAUCCAAAGCUGCUACACUCGGUCUGCAAUAUGGCCCCCCAUGCCUCCUCGCGACUGCCGCGACGUGCUAUCUCACGUCGGAAUCGUCGCCAAUCCCCCUGUUCCGCCCCAUUUAUCUGGAUUCGCCCUCUCUCAAGCGGUACUUCUUCAGCGGCAGCGACGACAAGCAAACCGAAACCACGUCAGUAGGCGACGCUGAGAGGCAGGUAAACAAAGACGAUGCCGAGAAGUCGGGCCAGCAAGAUCCACCGUCGCAGAAACGUGUUGCCAAGGGCUACAGCGAGGAGCAUGAGGACGCCGGCGAGAGCCAGUCCGCCUGGCAGACCAUAACGGCCAAGUUCCCGGUCUCGCCAUCUCCUUCGAAGCUCGGCGACACCAUCAUUGACUACAUUGUGCCCAAUUGGGUCAAGGUCCUGCCUGGUUUCAUUCGAAAACUCCAGAAUGAACUCUCAAUGGCACCAGGUUCCCUUGCUGAAGAGAUCUGGUACCAAGCCAACGACCCCGAGAUCAAUCCAGAGAUCAUAUGGGAUGCCUCGGUCAGGGUCUCCAACGAGCUGUGCGAUGAAGAAAAGGCAUUUCUGAAGAAGAGGGCGCAAUUCACCAAGGCUGCACUUGCGCGAUAUCUCGACAUCCCAGAAGCCCAGAUACACCCCGACGAUGUACCCGUCAUUGCCAUGUGCGGUUCUGGUGGAGGUCUGCGAGCGCUCGUGGCAGGUACAUCGUCGUACCUCUCUUCGAAAGAACACGGUCUCUUCGACUGUGUCACUUACACGGCGGGCGUCAGUGGCAGCUGCUGGCUCCAGACUCUCUAUUACUCAGAUCUCACCCAACGCAGUCACGCUCGCAUCAUUAGACAUCUUAAGAACCGCCUCGGCGUACACAUUGCUUUCCCACCUGAUGCCCUAGAACUGCUCGUCAGCGCGCCAACCAACAAAUAUCUCUUGAGUGGGCUUGUGGAGAAGGCCAAGGGCAUCCCAGAUGCUGAUUUUGGUCUGGUGGACAUCUACGGCGCAUUGCUUGCCGCUCGUCUACUUGUACCAAAGGGUGAACUUUCCGUCAGCGAAUACGACUUCAAGGUGUCGAACCAGCGACGAUUCACUGACAACGGCUCGCAUCCCCUGCCCAUCUACACCGCAGUACGACACGAAAUCCCAUUGGCCGAACAAACAGAUACAGACGUCAUCGCUGCUGAAGCAAAGGCGAGAAGGGAGGCCUGGUUCCAAUGGUUCGAGUUUACGCCAUACGAGAUGUGGUGUGAGGAGAUCUCAGCUGGCAUACCUACCUGGGCAAUGGGUCGUCGGUUCGAAAAUGGACGCACAGUCUGGCGGGACAAUGGGCUGGCUUUGCCUGAAGUGCGCGUCCCCUUGCUGAUGGGCAUCUGGGGAUCUGCCUUUUGUGCAACUCUCUCACACUACUAUCGAGAGAUCCGACCCCUCAUGCGCAGUCUCACUGGUCUCGGCGGCAGUAUCGACGCCAUGAUCUCCGAGCGCGAUGAUGAUCUUGUCAAAGUCCACCCCAUUGACCCCGCCGCCAUGCCCAACUACGCUCUCGGCAUGCGUGAAUUCCUGCCUGCAUCGUGCCCUGAGAGCAUUUUCGAGCAAAAGAACUUUCAAUUCAUGGACGCAGGAAUGUCAAACAACCUACCCAUCUACCCGCUUCUCCGACCUGGACGUAAUGUUGACAUUCUCGUCGCCUUUGAUGCCUCGGCCGAUGUCAAGACUGACAACUGGUUGAAGGUAGCAGAUGGGUAUGCUCGCCAGCGUGGUAUCAAAGGCUGGCCUGUUGGUGCAGGGUGGCCACCGGAUGAUGAAUCCAUGGAAGACCUGCAAAAAGAUCUCGAUCGCGCUCAAGCAAAAUCUGAGCAGCAAGCUCAAGAAAAGCUCGAAGAAGCCAAGGAUAAGAGUACCGAAGACAAGAAAGGCGGAAAGAAGAGUAAAGAUUUAGGCUACUGCAACAUCUGGGUUGGCACUACUGAAGAACGCACCUCCGAUUCCGCCAACCCUGAACCGAAACAAGUAGACGAAGACUGGGAGCUCAUGCAUCCUGCAUCUGGCAUCACUGUCAUCUACUUCCCUUUCCUUGCCAAUCCAAAAGUACCCGGUGUCGACCCAAAGGUCAGUGACUUCAUGUCAACGUGGAAUUUUGUCUACACGCCCGAGCAAAUCGACAGUGUCGUGAACCUCGCUCGCGCCAAUUACAGCGAAGGCGCUGAACGUACAAAACGCACUGUCCGCGCUGUAUACGAACGCAAGAAAGCACAAAGACAGCAGAGAGAAAAGGACGAGCGGGAGCGACGAUGGCGAUGGAAGUUGAGUCAGGGAAGGAUAGCUGGUCGUCGUGUCGGAGGUGAGAGUGAGCAUGGUGAUCAGUUCAGCUAA